GCGAUUGGAGAAGUGAAGAAAAGAUUUCUGUGAAGGAAAGAUGACCGCAGACAAUGAAAUUGAGAUUAAAGAGGCGUUUCAGCGCGCGCAGAAGGGCCACAACAACAAGGCGAAGCUGGUGGUGAGCCUGAACAGCCGCUACAACAAGCUCGAGGACAAGGCGCUUUUCCACGAUGAGUUUGUCCACUACCUGAAGUACGCCAUGAUUGUCUACAAGCGUGAACCCACGGUGGAAAAUGUCAUGGAGUUUGUUGCAACGUUCGCCACGAGUUUCCAGUCCCCGCCGAAGACGGAGGAUGAUGAGGAGCGGCCGCAGACUGAAGAAGAAGAGGAGGAAGAAGAUGAUACUGAGGAUGAUCAUCCAUUUUUGAGCUUCCUUUUCAACUUCCUGUUGGAGUCCCACAAAGCCAGUAGCCAUGCAGUGCGUUUCCGUGUGUGCCAGCUGAUCAACAAGCUGCUGGGCAGCAUGGCAGAGAACGCGCAGAUAGACGACGACCUCUUCGACCGCAUCCACCAAGCCAUGCUGGUCCGCGUCACCGACAAGUUCCCCAAUGUAAGGAUUCAGGCCGCUUUGGCCAUGACGCGUCUCCAACAGCCGAAGGAUCCCGACUGUCCAACUAUCAACGCCUACAUGUUGAUUCUAGAAAAUGAUACGAACGCCGAGGUGCGACGCGCCGUCCUUUCCUGCAUCGCGAUGUCCCCUUGCACCCUCCCCAAAGUACUCAAACGCACUCGGGACAUCAAAGAGAACGUCCGCAAGCUUGCCUACCAGGUUCUGGCCGACAAAGUUCACAUCAAAGCUUUGACCAUCGCACAGAGAGUUGUUCUCCUGCAGCAGGGCCUCCACGACACCUCAGAAGCGGUGAGGGAGGUGCUCUGCUCUCGCCUGCUGCCGGCCUGGAUGCAACGGCUGGACGGAAACUUCACGGAGCUGCUCCACCGGCUGGACGUAGAGAACUGUGCCCAGACGGCUCUGGAUACGCUGAAAGUCAUCUUCAGAGGCAUGCCCACUGAAGAGCUGCUGCAGAACAGAGCGCAGCUCGACAACAGGAAUCUGGUCCCGGUGGACUCUCUGUCCUGCGAGAUCGUGCUUUACUGGAGAGCCCUGUGUGAGUUCAUCAAGGGCAAAGGAGACGACGGGGAUGAAAUGCUGGAGCAAGUGUUACCAGACGCUGCCACUUAUGCCGACUACCUCUACGGAUAUCUGAAGGCGGUGCCUUUGCUGUCAGAGGAGCAGAGGGCCGACUUCAACCAGCUGGAGCUCGUCAUGAACAAGGAGUUCAUCUCCCAGCAGCUCAUCCAUCUCAUCGGGUGUCUGGACACCAACGAGGAGGGCAGCAGGAAGCGCGUGUUGGCUGUCCUGCAGGAGAUGUUGGCUCUCCCACAGACGCUCUCCUCCCUCGUCUCCCUUCUCACGGAGAAACUCCUCACCCUCCUUCCCGACGACCACAGACGCAUUCAGACUGUGGCAGAAAUCAUCUCUGAUGUGAGGGAGCCCAUCAUGGAGGCCAGUAAGCCGGUGGACCAGAACAUGACGCGUCGGCAGCAGGUCCAGCUGGCCGAGGUGAAGGUGCGCAUCUUGGAGGCCAAGCAAACUCUGGAGGACUGCAUCGCUGCCCAGGACUUCAGCCGCGCCGCAGAGCUGAAGGACUCCAUCACCGAGCUCGAGAACCACCGGAACCAGAUCCACCAGGAGAUCACAGCGAGCAGCCAGCAGGCCGACAAGGAGAUCCGCGCCGAGAAGAGCGACCCGGAGACUCUCCUCCGAUGUCUCAUAAUGUGUGCAGAACUACUGAAGCAGAUGAGCAUCAAGACACGGAUCAGUCCGACCAUCAGCGCCUUAAUGUCCUCGCUGGUCCUGCCCAGUAUAGCCAACGCUCACCCUGCUGUGCGCAACAUGGCCGUGGUUUGUCUGGGAACGUGCACGCUGCACAGCAAGGAGCUCGCCAAAACCCACAUGGUGCUGCUGCUGCAGAUCGCCCAGCUGGACGAGGUGAAGAUCCGCAUCAGUGCUCUGCGGUCCGUCAUCGACCUGCUGCUGCUGUUUGGCUUCCAGCUGCUUUCCGAAUCAGCCGCCACUCAGGCGGCCUCGCAAUCCCAGUCGCUAGAACGACAGGAGGAGGACGCUCCAUCGGCCGAGGAGAAAGGAGACGCGGCCGAGGACACGGCGCAGAGUAUCCUCGUGAUGCUGUCGGAGCUCCUGGACAGCGAGGUGUCUGACCUGCGCAUCGAGGCGGCGGAGGGCCUGGCCAAGCUCAUGUACACCGGCCGCAUCUCCAGCGCCAAGAUGCUCUCCCGCCUGGUGCUGCUGUGGUACAACCCGGUCACGGAGGACGACACCCGGCUGCGCCACUGCCUCGGCGUCUUCUUCCAGCUCUACGCCCGCGAGAGCAGGGUUCACCAGGAGGUCGUGGAGGAGAGCUUCCUGCCCACCAUUCGGACUCUGAUGAACGCCCCGGCCACCUCUCCACUAGCCGAGGUGGACAUUAACAACGUGGUGGAGCUGCUCGUCGAGCUGACUCGUCCAAGCGCGCUCAUCAAGCCCUCGGCCAACACGGAGGAGGUGUGUGUCCACGACUACCUGGCGGUGCGCAUGUGUGGGGAGAUGCUGCAGGACCCCACGGCCCCCGAGGUGCGUCUCUACGCCAAGACGCUGAGCAACCUGGAGCUCAGCCGGGGGGAGACCGUCAGGAAGGACCUGCAGACGCUGCUGCAGCAGCUGGUUCAGGUGGUGAAGGAUCGCGUCUGUCACCGCGCUCUGGAGAAAAUGGUCCAUCAGCUCGCGGACGCACGAGAGCAGGCCGAGCUUCUCAGCGGCAGCGCUCUCCAGCCGCUGGACGUCAACGCGGACGAGGCGGCAACAGACGAUCCAUGUAAAUCUGCCAAGAGGGCCAAAAGAGGUCAGAGGAAAGUGGGCACAGCCAAAGGGGGCCGGAGGCCGAGCAGGAGGGCCGAGUCGUCGGAGGAGAGCGAUGGGGAAAAUGUUCCAGAGUCACUUUCUGUAGUGCGUCCCUCGCGGAGGGCCAAGAUUGCAGCUCUGGAAAAGACCAAGCUGGACCUCAACACCCUCAUCAACCAGGAGGCCAGCGUGUCGUAGAAGUCAGGUUACAAACGGCUGAUGCAAAAACUUAAAGUGCUUCAGUCUAAUAUAAUCCAGUCUAAAAGAAUACUUUUGUCACCUCGGGCUAAUCACCUAUUUUUUUCUUUUUUUUGUCAUUGUCGUUGUCGUUGUCGUUGUCGUCAGAGGAGGCUGUUACAUUUACUGACUCUUUUUAUAUGUUGUCAUUUUUCUUCCUUUUUAGUUCUAUCCUUAUAUAUGUUAAUAAAAGCGUGUUUGCUUUGUAUUUUAAACUGAAGAUGUGCGUUUCUUCUCGCAGAUAAAGAAGCAAUGUAAAAAUCUUACACCACUCAAAUUAAAAGGUAUAUCUUAAAAGACGAGUGCUAUUUGACACUAAAAAGUUUACAUGCAUAUUACAAACAUAUUUAACACCAAGUUAUUUGGUAGCAGAAUUAUAUAUAUUUUUUGCACUAAAUGUUGCCAACAAUGUGGAAUCCUCUUGAUCCGUAUGUCAGAGUGGGCAAUCCUUUAACUACGGUGGUGCUAAGGUUCUAAACAUCUGGAAGAUGUUCUCUGCUCUCAGACGUUCCUUUGUCCUCAAGGAAGCUUAUGGACUGAAUAGCUGAAGUAGUCGUCGUGACGUCACCCAAUGGACUGCCUCAAGGUGGACAUUUUGACAACUGAUGAAGCAGGAAGUGGCCAUAUUUGGAAUGAGGAGUGACAUACAGAAGCCCGAUCUCUUGAACCGUAGCAACCUGUCAAUCACAAGUUAGUCCCUCCCUAAGGCAUACCAUCAUUUACUAAACAUGCUGUAUUGAAGGACAUCGUUGAACUGCUCUGGCAACCUGAGCCUACAGAACCUUCCUCGGGUAUUGCACACCUCGAGGCAUCGGCUACUUGAGCCUAAUCCUUUAUUCUAAUGAUAAUGAUUCCUUCUGUACACAUGCUAUCUCUUGCUUCUGUCCAUCUGAGGAGAGGGGUCCUCCUCUGUUGCUCCCCUGAAGGUUGCUUCCCUUUUUCCCCUGUAAAGUUUUUUGGGGAGUUUUUCCUGGUCUGAUGAGGUCCUGGGACAGGGAUGUCUAUAUGUACAGAUUGUAAAGCCCUCGGAGGCAAAUUGGUGAUAAUGGGCUGUACACAAUAAACUGAA